AUGAGGAGGCCGAAGCUUGUCGACUACUCCGAUAGCGAAGGCGAAUCCAUGGACCCCUUUGGGCCCGUUGUACCGCCUGGUGAGCAGCCAAGCCCUCCUGAGCCGCAGGACGAGAAUGAAUUCGCCCAGAUCGUGAUGCAACUACAGCACGAGUACACCAAAGAAGUUGGCGAUCUCGAGCGGCGGCAGGAAGAGACUGAAAGAGAGUUGCGAGUGUGGAAGGCGCAGAUCGAAGACAGGCUGCAGCUGCAAGUCAACGUCAUGGCCUCGAUCAUCAAGAUGUCCGGCCAACUGUCCCCCUUCCACGACGCAGAAAUACGUCACGUGUGA